AUGCAUUCGCUCAAUCGCAUCCACCGUGACAUCAAAGGUGCCAACAUCCUGCUCACGGAUGCGGGCUGUGUGAAGAUUGCGGACUUUGGUGUCGCCGCAAAGUUGAGCAAUUCGAUGGUCAAGCGACGUACCGUGAUCGGUACACCUUACUGGAUGGCUCCCGAAGUUGCCUCGGUGGAGUCGCGGCCUACGGGCUACGACAGUAAAUGCGACAUUUGGGCUGUUGGCAUCACUGCAAUUGAGUAUGCCGAGCUCCAACCUCCGCUUUUCGACAUGGAUCCCCUUAUGGCUCUCCAACUCCUCGGUACUCGAAACUACAAGCCGCCCACUUUGAAGAAUCGCAAUCAGUGGUACGCGUCCUAUAUUUUGUUGCUUGACCUUUCAGAUCCGUGUUUUCAUAAAUGUCCGGUUAGCUGGGGAACUAUAAGCUUACUUUACCGAGUAACCAAAAAGACAAUUUUCUGA